AGUGCGCUCAUGUGUUCUUGUCUGCUUACCCGCCUGUCUGUGAACUUGAUCUUCAGAGUUGUUUUGGAAGUGUGACGGCGGAACAUUGUGCUAGAAAGAAACAGCCGAAAUCGUUCGCCAGGAUGAUUCAGUGUCGUGAAGCCCUCGCCGAAGUUCUUUGGAAUUCAUAUGCCGACGCCCCAAUAGACGCUAUGAAGCAUCUUUACAAUGAAAUGUUCUUGAACUACAAGACAGAGCUGGCGGCUAUCGUGAGCGCAAUCCCGGACGAAAUAUUACAGUUGACUCAAGAUGAGGUCGAUAAGAAAUAUGGCGCAGAUUUCUUCUCCGGCGGAUUAUCACGCAUGAAGGAAGUGCUCGCCACUUUCCCUUCUACUAAUCAGCAUAAGAAUGUUCGAGACUCCACUUUGAUGCCUCCCCCGCCAUCGAUCAUCAGUGGUUCUAGCACACGUUCUCGAGGGAAGACUCCAAAGGUGCUGGCAACGCCGAGUAUUCAAGGCGGAUCUGGAUUGAAAAUCUUCCCGACCCCAAAUGCCAAACGAGGAAUCCAGAAAGGCGAGCAAGUAUUUUCGGCCCGUGGAAGCCUUCUGGGAAUUGCCGAAGAAGAAGAAGAGUGUGAUGAGAACAAUCCGGCUCCGAUGCGGGCUGUGCGUAAACCAGCCAGGAAAUGA